AAUUAUUGUAUCAUUUAAACAGAACUAUAUGUUUCUUUAUUAGCUCUGAGUAAUUUUUAAAUGCAAGUUGGAGAUCCAAUUGACCCGAAAAGGAUGAGUCAAUUAAAUUUGGAUUUUAAGUCCAUUUUCCCAUCGAUUUCUGGUAGCUGAAUCCCGAAUGUGAGUUGAACAGAAAUGUCUGUGAUUCAGGUUAUUUGUCUAUUAUUUGUGCUGGUCAGCCAUGGAAUUGAAGGAUCUGAUCAUGGACAAAGAACUCAAAGAAGUCUUUACACUUCAAAAGGGCAACCGUACAGAACUGCAUAUCAUUUUCAACCUCCUAAGAACUGGAUGAAUGAUCCUAAUGGGCCAAUGUACUACAAGGGGGUUUACCAUCUGUUCUACCAGUACAAUCCAUACAGUGCAGUGUGGGGAAACAUCACAUGGGGACAUUCAAUAUCAUACGAUCUCAUCAACUGGGUUCAUCUUGAUAUUGCUCUAAACCCCACUGAUCCUUUUGACAUCAACGGUUGCUGGUCCGGUUCCGCCACAAUCCUUCCUGAUCAAAAGCCUGCCAUUCUAUACACCGGACGUGACACCGAAAACCGUCAAGUUCAAAACCUGGCCGUGCCCAAAAAUCUGUCUGACCCUUUUCUAAGAGAAUGGUCCAAAACACCCCAUAAUCCGUUAAUGGCACCCACUAAUGACAUUGAUCCAGAUUUCUUCAGAGACCCAACAACUGCGUGGCUAGGCCCGGAUAAAAUUUGGCGGGUUUUAGUUGGAGCCCAGAUUGAUGGGAAAGGAAUGGCUAUUCUGUACAAGAGCAAAGACUUUGUAAAGUGGAAUAGAACUAAGAAUCCUCUUCAUUCUUCUACAAAGACUAAGAUGUGGGAGUGUCCUGAUUUUUACCCUAUUAAUGGGAAAGAUCAAGUUGAAGAUCAAUUUAAGACUAAGUAUGUUCUUAAGGCAAGCUUCCAUGACCAAGACCACUACAUAGUGGGAAAAUACGAGCCGGAAACAGACACGUACGAGAUUGAGAGUGACUUCUUGGAUGAUGGUUCGGAUUUGCGAUAUGAUUUUGGGAAGUUUUAUGCUUCUAAAACAUUUUACGACAGUGAAAAGAAGAGGAGGAUACUGUGGGGCUGGGUGGCCGAGUCCGACAGUGAAGCGGAUGACAAGAACAAAGGCUGGUCGGGGCUUCAGUCCAUUCCUAGAAGUAUUGUUCUUGGUAAAUCUGGGAGGCAAUUAGUGCAGUGGCCUGUCAAAGAAGUAGAGAGACUAAGAAGCAAGGAAGUUUUUGAUCUCCGCAAUAAGGAGGUCAAGCGUAGAUCAGUGUUUGAAAUUACUGGUGUCACGGCUUCACAGGCGGAUGUGGAAGUUACAUUUGAUGUGGGAGGACUAGAAAAGGCAGAGUUAUUUGACCCCAGUUGGGUCGAUCCACAACUGCUUUGCGAUCAGAAAAAUGCAUCCGUCAGAGGCAAAAUCGGGCCAUUUGGUUUGUUGGUUUUGGCUUCAAAGGAGUUGACAGAACAAACUGCAAUCUUCUUCCGUAUAUUUGAAAGCAGUGAUAAGUAUGUUGUUCUCAUGUGUAGUGACCAAAGUAGGUCUUCGUUAAGGGGAGGGCUUAAGAAAACCGCAUAUGGAGCGUUUGUAGACUUAGAUCCUAACAAAGAGAAAAUAACAUUGAGAAGCUUGAUUGAUCAUUCAAUUGUUGAGAGUUUUGGUGGAGAAGGGAGAAGUUGCAUCACAGCUAGAGUUUAUCCGAAAUUGGCAAUUGACAAAGAAGCCCAUUUAUAUGCAUUCAACUAUGGUAGUAAAAGCGUUAAAAUCUUAAAGCUUAAUGCUUGGAGCAUGAAGAGUGCUCAAAUUGUUCCCAUGAAAAGGAGAAGAAGACCAAUAUACGGUCGGGAGGAAUGAUAUUUUGAAAAUUGAGUAUUGUCGCAGCCACACGAACUCGAGUAAGAUUGAGGCUGAUCAGAAGAAAAAUUUUGUUCUGCCUCGGAAUAUCUUCCCUCUGCCUAGCUUUGAAUUUACAAUAUUUGUUUUUAACUUUAUUUUAAACCUAUCCUAUGU